AAGAUGCCGGCAACAACGGUGAAAAGUGAAGCGACUGACCAGCACAACAACUGUGAUAAUGAGGAGGAGGAACCUAAAGACAUGAAAAAUGCGCAUCUCAUUAUCAACGAGCUUCGCAACCGGUGCCGAAAUCAAUCGGAGCAAAUCAUGGCAUGGAAGAAGGCGUUCUCGUUACAGCAAGAACAGAACCACCGACUGCAGAAGGAAAAGACGGAACAGUUGAACUAUCUUACCAGCCAGUUGCUGCUGCUCGAAUCGCGCAUUAUGCGCAAACAGAAGCAGGUGUCGAACGUGAUCUAUCAGCGUGAGCUGACGAUCUACCGGCAGCAGAAGAUCAUAGAAACCCUCUCUAGUCGCCUGAUCGACCACGGCAUCAUGGACGUGGGCAUGGAUGCACCCGGGAUGCACACGGGCAGCAACAGCAAUGACUUCGAUUCGCUCAACGAUUCCGAUUCGGCCGUCGUACUGGAGGACGUCGAUUCGGACUGCAACAGCUCGAUCUACUUCGGGGGCAGCAUCAGUGGUGGCGGCAGUCUCAAGUCGCGCUGUGGCUCAAACAAGAUGACGAACGACGUCACGAUCGUGCGGUCCAUUUCGGACGCGAUAGAGACGAACCUGAAGUACAACAACACCCGCCGUUCGAACUGCUUCCUGCGGCGGCCCGAAAUUCUCGAAACCGUGUACAGUGUGGAGGAAGAUCCGGAACCGCAGAAUGCGACCGGUGGCGGUACGAACGCGACGGACAGUGGGUCCACCACGGGGCCCACCUCGCCGAAACCGGACGCCGUCAGUGAGAAGCGGGACAAGUUUAAAAACCGCACGGAAAAAUGUAUCUCCACCGAUCAGCCGGAAGGUGCACGGCAGGAGGGCGCACCGGUAAUCAUUACCAGCAGCAGCUGUGACGUGGAGUCGGUCCUUUGUGAUACGCCGUCGCAGGGCUGCAAGGUACAGGGUGCCGUCACGAACUUCAAUCGCGUCAUGUCAAACCAUCGGUCGGUGACGAAACCGAAGGAUGUCAAGUACAAGCGUAUCAACAAGGCCAAAUCGAAGAGUCUGGAGGAGUUGCGUGGUCGGCUAAAGCAUUGGGUGGAGCGUGGCACCUGCAACGUGAACCUGACGCUCGAUCCAACUGGUGGUUCGCAUCUGAGCGGUCAUCUGUCGGAGCACUGUGGUGCCGGUACGUUGCAGCAGACCCAACCCCAACAGCAACCCAACCUGGCACAAAGCUAUGCGUGA